GAUGCAAGGCACAUGAUGGGGAACAUCACCAAUAAUACAGACUGGGAGGCGGCGGUGAGUUUGUGGGAAAAGGUUGUGCUGGCGUGCUUGGGCGUGAUGAUGGGCGUGGUGGGUGGGACAGGAAAUGGUUUAGUGGUAAUAUUGGUCGCUCGCGCCUCCACUCUGCGUCCGCCUGUUAAUCUCCUGCUUGCUUCUGUCGCCGUCUGUGACGCCCUCUCCUGCUGCCUUCUCAUGCCUCUAGAAAUGGCUUCAUUGUUCGGCCAGGGGCAAAUACUUCCUGCGCCCUUGUGUCAUGCCCACGCUUUCCUAUGUAGGGUUGUGGAGGUGGAGGGAGUGACGGUGCUGGCGGCGGUGUGUGUGGACAGAUACCUGCUGCUGGUUCGGCGCUGCGCCCCUCUUGGCCCGCGCGCUGCCUGCAGGGUGCUGGUUGGCACCUGGGCAGCCAGCGUGGCCUUGGCGCUUGUGCCACACCUUGGGGUGGGUGGCCGACAGACACCGCCUUUGCCCGGCGGCCUCACUCGCUGUGUUUGGGUGCCCGCCACCCACCCCACUUCUUUCCACUGGACAUACAUCGCUGUGCGCAUCUUGGUGGUUUUGGUUAUCCCCGCCCUGCUAGUGGGCGUGUGUCUGGCCUCCAUCCUGGCCAGGAUCCGCAGCAGCAUGACAAAGGUGUGUGGAGGCAAGGGUGCCCGGGAUGGCUACAUUGGCGUAGUGGACAUGGUGAAUGAGUGUGGGCGGCGCCGGGGGAGCUGGGUGCCGCUGGGGGAGGACCUCCAUCACAGGACACACACAGUCAUCUCCCUGGGAACGCUGUGUCUGCUGGCGCUGCUGGGUCGCGCCCCAUUGCUGCUGAGUCACGUGGCUCGCGUCAUGGGGAGCGGACAGGGGUGGGCGUGGUUUCCAUGGGUGGCCUGUUGGUCUUACUUCCCUGCAACCGUAAGUCCUCUUGUGUACACCUUCAGAAUCAACAACCUGCGUGCUGAGGUGCAGGAGCUGUGCCCGUGGCUGCUGCUGCUGGCGAGGAGACAACGGCGUGGCCUGUGUCCCAGCACGCGGCAAACUGCGUACUUGGUGAACCCACCAAUGCCAACAGUGUCCACGCCCUCUCCACCCAGCUUACAGAUGCCCCUUGGUGGCUCGCAGCACCCUAGCCGCCCUUUGACUCAAUCUUCUGGCCCAGAGGGAAAACACCGCACCCUUAAGACUCCUCCGCCAAUCCCUCACCGGCCCGCCCUGCGGAUGUGGUCCUCCGGCAGGGUGGGAUGUGCCCGGCCAGACCCCUUCCCGCCCCCUCACCAGCACGCCUCCUUAUGAAAAUCAGUUCCGUCCCUACCUGAAUAACCCUAACUAGACCAAGCCUCGGCGACGCCCUGGAGACUCCAUCACCUCGCCUGGAGCACACAGGAGGGAGGCGCGACUUGUUAUUAUUGUCCUCAAGAACCUCAAUUUACGUCUUGUGUGAAGCCCAACUUACCUAGCACAGUACAUGACCGUGCUGCUUAUAAUAGGAAAACAACACCGAGCUAAAAACCCUACAUUGUGGUGGGCGAGAGAAAAGAGGGAGAGAAAAAGUGAUGCGUUGUAAAGGGGAACUAGUGGAAAUCAUAUAUAAAAGUGAGGACUCGAAGCUCCCAUCUGACUCAUCGGCCGCCACGUCACGCCCACCUGUCAGCACAGCACGGGGCGGCGCCGAGCACGGGGAGGAAAAAGUAAUAUCAGCAAUAUCUGGCUCCUCCCGCACGCCAGGGGACUAUUGAGUUUCCAUUACGUAGGAUGAAAUGUAAUAUAUAUAUACUUUUCCUUUUUUUCUGGAGUAGUAAAUUGUGAAAGUAGAAGGAAUAGGAGGAAGGAGUGCGAAGGAGAGUUAUAAAAAGGGGAAUGAGGUGUGUGUGUGUGUGUGUGUGUGUGUGUGUGUGCAUUGUGCAGUAUACAGCGUAGUACUGAACAAAAUGGCUCAUAAAGCUUGAAAAUUGUAUUAGGAAAUAAAUAUGAAGAUUGUUUUAACAUCACAUAAAGGGUAACUGUUAUGCAGACUAUAACUAUUCUUUGAUUGCACAACACAUAAUAAAGUAAAAAGUAGAAAUAAAAAAAUAAAAAGAGACCAAUUUA